GUUCUGCUGUGUGCCGCUGAUGGUUGCAUCUAAAACUAAUUUUUGGCCUCCCACAAAAUCGCUUAUCUCUGGAGACACGUUCCAACCAUCUAAUUCUGCUGCUGCUGCUAUCCAAUUAAGCUGCACGAUAAGCAUCAGUCAGCGAAAGCAGCAGUUACAACCCGAACAGCAUUCAGGAUAGAUCGCGAAGCAUGAGCGGUGCAACGACCGAUGGAUUCACCAACUCUGGAUACUGUGGUGAUCUAAUGGGGCAAAGCAAGACUAACCUUAGCCCGGAACUACCAAAGCUAAGCGUAACACGACCACCCUAUCAACAGCAAGAAUUGAACCAGAACUUGAGCUACACAAACGCCGAGGAUGGGGUUUGUCGGGAGCUACUGGACAGUGCGAAACAAUGCAGUGCCAGCAAAUGUGCGCGAAGUGUGUUUCCAAUCGUGGGAUGGUUGUCGGAAUACUCCUGGAGUCGCGACCUCAUGUCGGACGUCAUUAGUGGAUGUACGGUUGCGGUGAUGCAUAUUCCCCAGGGAAUGGCAUACGCAAUGCUGGCACAUGUUCCUCCGAUCGUGGGAAUUUAUAUGGCGUUCUUUCCGGUGCUAGUGUAUUUUGUCCUGGGUACUUCAAGGCAUAACUCAAUGGGAACGUUUGCAGUCGUGACAAUCAUGGUGGGGAAAUCAGUCCUUAUGCAUGCCUCCCACGAAGGGGAGCCUUCAAAGACUGUAAUGACUGGGAAUGGGACGCUUGGUGGUGUCGCAGGUGAAACUUUCGUUGGUAGAAGUCCAAUUGAAGUCGCCACUGCAGUUUGCUUCACUGUUGGGAUAAUACAGUUGAUAAUGUAUGUCUGUCGGCUGGGUGUCAUUUCAUUUCUCCUCUCAGAGGCGCUCGUUUCCGGUUUCACCACAGGAGCCGCCAUCCACGUGCUGACGUCACAGAUAAAAGAUCUGCUCGGAUUAUCGCUGCCUCCCAUCAGCGGAAAUUUUAAGCUCAUCAAUACUUAUAUCGCAAUUCUCACCGAUCUUAGCAAUGUUAACCAUGCGGCGAUUAUGAUAUCGUUGGUCACAAUUGCGGUGCUAGUGGUAAACAACGAAUGGUUGAAGCCGAAGGCCGCCAAAAGAAGUUCCAUUCCGAUCCCGAUCGAGCUGAUUGCGGUUGUCAGCGGUACGCUCUUGUCAAGUUAUUUUGCGUUCGAGAAACAGUAUGCCAUCAAGACGAUCGGACAUAUUCCCACGGGAUUGCCAGCUCCUGCCCUGCCAGAUAUCGGUCUAUUCAAGUCCCUGCUGCUGGACAGUUUCACCAUCGCAAUGGUAGCAUACGCCGUGUCCGUUUCGAUGGGUCUAAUCUUCGCCCAGAAACAGAGCUACGAGAUCGACUUCAACCAGGAGCUCCUGGCGAUGGGAGCAAGCAACGUAUUCGGUUCGUUCUUCUCCUGCAUGCCCUUUUCGGCUUCACUUUCCCGUUCGAUGAUUCAGUUCACCGUUGGAGGGAAAACCCAGAUCGCCUCGGUCGUAUCCUGUUCCCUGCUGGCCGUGGUGCUCCUGUGGGUGGGUCCAUUCUUCGAGCCACUUCCGAGAUGUGUUCUGGGUGGGAUUAUUGUCGUUUCGCUGAAAGGACUGCUGGUGCAAGUGACACAUGUUGGACAGUUUUGGCGCCAGAGUGCGAUCGAUGCGAUCGUUUGGGUGGUGACGUUCCUGACUGUGGUUGUGGUGGCAAUCGACAUUGGGCUGCUGGUGGGGAUUCUACUGAGCGUUGGCUGUAUCUUCCUGCGCGGUAUGAAGCCCUACACUUGUUUGCUUGAGAAUGUUCCGAAUACGGAAUUGUAUCUCGACGUAAAUCACUACAAAGGGACAGUAGGUAUUCCGGGUAUCAAAAUCUUCCACUACUGCGGCAGCUUAAACUUUGCGACAAGAGCUUGCUUCAAAACGAGUUUGUGCCGAGCAUUAGAGGUCAACCUAACUGAGAUGAUGAAACAGUUGCACAGUGGCGAAUACAAAAAGCCAAACCUGUGCUGUUUAGUGAUAGAUUUUACAGCACUUACUUACAUCGAUCCAUCGGCGGUGUCUUCGCUCAGAUCGUUGUUGAACGAUUUCGAAAAGCUGUCAAUUCGGGUGCUGACGGCUGGAGUUUCCUGCCCGGUUUAUGAAACUAUGCUGAAAUGUAGAAUGAUUGAUGGCGAAGAGAAUUGUCAAUUGUUUCCAACGGUUCAUGAUGCGGUACACUGGGCCAAAGAAUGCGUUUCCCGAGACUUGGGUAGAGCUGGAACAGCUUGAUGUUCUCCUACAUAAUU